UCCUGGAAACAUUACAAUCGGGAAUCGGAGUUAAAGAAAUUGCAAAACCUUUCGAUUAGGACUAAUUAGUUCAGUAAAACAAGCAUAUAUUAUUAAUUCAUUAUUUUGUGUGAGAAGCAGAGCAGGCUGGUCCAUAAGCUCACUGAAUAGUCUAAUACAUUACGACCCAUAAAAUAUCAAAGAGUGAGCACUAACGAUCGGAGACAAAGAACCUAUUAAAGGAAAAAGGAGUAACAGUAAAAGGGUGACAUUUUCUACGAUCCAAGAAGAACAAUGACUGACCUAAAGAUGACCGUGGCCUUAACAAGCGUCAAUGGAGAAAAUAUGUCCCGGCACGAUAUGCUCCAGUGGGUUAACAACAUGGUUCAGGGCCACUUUAAAAAAAUUGAGGAGCUCUGUUCUGGUGCCGCCUAUUGCCAGAUGAUGGAGAUGAUCUUUCCCAAUUGUAUUAACCUGAAGCGCGUUAAGAUGACCGCCAAACUGGAGCACGAGUAUCUCCACAAUCUUAGACUCUUUCAGGAAGCUUUCAAUCGCCUAAAACUGGACAAAACUGUACCCAUCGAUCGCCUGAUCAAAGGACGGUUCCAGGACAACUUCGAGUUCUUGCAGUGGUUCAAGAAGUUCUUCGAUUCGCAGGCACCGGGUCUGGAGAACAUCAAGUCCUUGGCCAAUGCACCGGUGAUCAAGCCCAUCAAGCCGCGUGUUUUCGCCAAGGAUCAAUCUCCAGUCAACGCCAGUGAGGAUGCCCUCAAGGAACUGAUUGGUGACAUGCAGACCCUAAGCCUAAGGAGAGACGACAUUAUGGAGGAAACUAAUCAGUGCUUCAACAAGUUGCGCUUGGUCGAGGAUCUGGUGAACGACAUGUUCAACGACAACAAGCAUGUGGAGUUGUGUAAACGUAUUCAGGCGGUGCUCUAUAAAACGAUAGAUGGUGCUAUAAACGAGGAACCCAUCGAAUCAAAUCCGGAUAAUGGAGACGUUAAAGCCGCGGAUGAAAAUGAAGGAUUGUAUUAGGAUUUUUUUGGUACUGCGUUCUGUUUUUAUCAUUAUUGUAUUAUGUAUAAACAAAUCACUUGUGAAUUCAGCCG